CGCUACGAGCCUCGCAGUAUCGCUUCGACUGUGAACGCGGUAGGUUUGGUAUCGUUUGCGUCGCGUAAUUUCUUUAUUGCCUCAAUUUAUCAUUUAUUUAAUGUUUUAAAAAAUCUAAUAACGUGAUUAUACACCGAUACGCAAAUAAUAAACACGCGUUCUAUUCGUGGAAAAUUCUCGGGUUUUUUCGUGCAUAUAUACAUGACGGUUAAGUGACACGCAAACAGGUGCACCUAUCGCAUAGCACAAGAAACGAAUCACGGAGGUCGUUGCACGUAAUAUCUAUCCAACAGACAAUUCGCGAGUACGGUGUCUACAAUUAUAUAGUAACGGAUUCUUCUCUUAUACGAUACCACUUGUCACCAAGAAUCCACUAUUGUCUUCAAAGAGAAAUCGAACUAGUGUUACUUGUUAUCGUAUCGAUCUCGAAAGAAAUUUGGAAAAUUUCCCUCGUCUCUCGAUGAAUUUUUGAAAGCAAUGCAUCGAUAAUUAUCGAACGCUUACUUACUGCGACGAGUAGAUAGACGUUCGCCAUGGUUCGUCCAAUUCUCCAUCCAUUGAACGCUAUAGCAUACCUGAGAUGUUUCUUGCACCGGGACCUAUUAUUGAAAUGCCUCGAAUUGCGCGUAUAGCUGCGCGGCUGCGCAGUUAAGAGAACGCCUCGUUUAUCUCGUUAUAACGCGUUGGAAAGAAGAACGAUAUCUCUUAAAAAGAAGAUAAAAGAGAAACGCGAGAGUGGAUCUCUAUAUUAUCGAAUUGAAAGAUUUGACGAACGUGAUAUUAUCGCUAAUUAUCCUUGAAGGAGGGGGAACAAUUUGAAGAAUAAAAAGCUCUUAUGGGUGUCUAAGCACACUGAACGUUACGAUACUCGGCGAGGGUUUGUUCAGAACAGGAUGAGAAAACAAUCGUACGGCUCGAAUUUGAGCACCGGAAGCUGUGGCGAGCCGCAGAUCAUCGUGGAGGAGAGCACGUUGGGAGAAGAGGAAGCGGAAUGGCGGAGGAACGAAUCGCCUCCGCGAUGCAUGGAUCCCGAUUCGCCGUCCUUGAAUCCUUAUCUAUUGUCCCCGUGGAGAGAAGCAAGGAAGCAUUCUCUACCGACACCGCAAUGCACUUCCGGGAUAACCGCAUCGCAGGUGAGACGAUUGAGCGAACGUGGCGGUGAAUCAGGCCCGUCUGCGAGAGAAGCCGCUUUCCUGUCCACCCUCUCUCAAGCACCAGCUCCUCAGCCGGGUGGCCGAAGGCAUUCGGUCGUUACCAUCUCCAGAGUACCACAGACUCUAUUCAGCCGUAAUCGUCGCGAAUCAAUUGCCGCUUUCCCACUCGGAGGCGCGACCAGAAUAUUGCCGGCUCGUCGAGAUUCGGAAUCCAGAAUGGGUGGGCCGCCGAGCAAUGCCGGAAGCUCGCAUAACCUUCAAUUAGAUAUCAUGGACGAUAUCGCGGAGAUGAAAGCGAAGAAGGUGCUGUUGAAGAUGUACAAGACGUCGACGGAACAAGUGUGCGAGAUCCAGCCGCUGGAGGGUAAUAGCUCGACCCAACGAUACACCCAGUAUCCGAAACGACGUUUCUCCGAGAUGCCCGCGCCUUCCGUAUCACCGACCGCCUCUAUCCGAAGACGGGCCUCGGAAGUGCCGAGAGCCACGAGCGCUUCCGUUUCGGGCAUCGUGUGCUCCAACACCGAUCUGAUAUCGAUCCUGAGCUCGUUGGCCUCGUCCGCGACCGAGAUCAAUCGAUGCGGCGAGGAAGGAUCGAGCACGCGCGAGGAGAGCAAGUCGAGCUGGUCUGGGAAGACGGCUGAACAGAAACGAAGUCGAUUGAAAAGCUUUCGCUCCAACAGUUUCGACGUGUCCAUUCUCCAUGGGGCGAAAAGCAAGCUGGCCGGAUCCUCGAAAGCUGCAGCUUCGACUAUCAUGGCUCCGUCGAAUUGGUUCACAAAGAGACAUCAACCGAUGUCGAAGAAACAGAAGCCGGAAGAUUUAAUCACGGCUAGUUUGAACUUCAAGUUCGAUAAAUCGAAGGUCGUGAAGGCGGUCAAGGAGACAUUAGGCAAAACGGCUCCUAGCAUCGAUAUCAGGCACAAAGUCGUAUGGGAUGACACCAGUGGGACGAAGGUGGACGCCCAGGUGUUGGGUAGCGCAAUUGAAAAAAUUUUGACGGCGCAAAGAGGAAAUGACGCGGAAGCAACCGGAUCGAACGGCAAACCCUCGGUAUCUCCGAACAAACCAAGAUCAAGUAAAGUGACGAGUUGGUUUUCGAAUACCAAAGACCAAGAACAAACCGAAUCCUGCGAACCAUCUAUCUGUUCUUCUUUAAAAGAUCUAUUCGUCAAGUAGUAUGGAAAUACAAACACGGGUCUCGCUCGUUUGAUUAACGCUUCUUCGUUUAAGAAUUUAUUCAAAGAUUAACACGACCUAAUAGAUAAAUGAUCAUCUCAUUUAAUUCAAACUAUGUAUAUUUUCUUUCCAUUCCUGUACUUCUAAGAGAUGUUGUCUUAUCAUUUUUAUCAAUUUUAAUAUUCUAAUAUUCAUAAUUCUGAAUAUCUAUCAGUGAAAAUUUCAAAAGUGGAGUAUUUUCUAUUGUAUUUUUAUUCCUUUUUUCUUUCCAUACAUUUACAUUCAUAGAUUCUCAGUAACGUUAUAAUUAUAUCAUAAUUAUUUUAUAUGUUUAUUAAUACUUAAUCAUCUUUGUUGUAAAAAUGUUUUUAAUUUUAUUGAAAUUUUACAGUUGGAUGAAUAAAACAGAUUCAUUGGCAUUGCGGGAUCCAUGGUUAAAAAUUAAAUAUAAAAAUCUAUAAAACAUCGUAGAUCUAAAUAUUUCAAUGGAUGCAACUUUCAACAAGUAAAUGUGGACAAAAGUUUAAUCAACUUCUAUAUUUAAAUAAAUUUUAAUAAAUUAUAGUAUUCAAAAUAUAAUUAAGCAAAAAUUCGAAGCUAAAAUUUCGAAAUAUAAUUGAAAAAUAUGUCGUAAAUGUUAUAUGAUAUUCCAUAAAUAAAAAAGUAUUGUUUUUUUAUGAGAAGAGUCAAAUAUAAAACAGAUUGUUAUUGAACGAUACGACCGUUUGAAAUUAAAAUAUUUCGAUCAUAUGUGUGUAUAGUGUAUCCCGUAUAAAAGAUCAUUCAAUCAUAAUACAAUUUUUUAUUUAUAAAUAUGAUUUCAAACAAUUAAAAAAUUAUGUUUAUAAAAAAAAAGACAAAUUAUUUUUUAAUUUGAUUUUUUUAAUAUCUUUAAAAAUAUCUUUAUAAAUUAAUUCAUAAAUAAUUAGAUAUUAAUCUUAAUCAUUUUAUUUUCAAAUUUUUAAUUUUUUAAAAAUCAUCUUUUAAUAAGUUAAAAUAAUAUACUUUACUUUUUAAUUGAAAGAUGAUAUAUAUUUUUAUCAAUAAAAAUUUUUUAAAUUCUACAAUUUUAAAUCAAUUUUAAAAACAAGAUCUGUCUUUAGACAUCUUUUCCAGUAGUAAAAUUUAAAUAAUAUAUUAAAAACGGCAGUAAUAUUUCUUACAUAUCCACAGAUGGAUAUUGAAGCACAAAAAAAUCAAUAAAUAUAAUGGGUAAAGAAUGAUUAAAAAAUUCUCAUUCUUAAAUUCAAUACUUAAUGGUAUUCUUCUUUCAUAAAACAAGAUCUUAAAAAAGUGUUGUUGAAGGAAAAUGUAAUGCGUGUAUGCCUUUGCGGGUCGAAGGCUCAAUAAAUAAUUGUAAUAUAUUAUAUAAAUGCGCAUACAUAUAAAUAUGUAUAAUUGUGUGUAUAAAAAUUUACACAUACAUACUUUUAAUAAUGACUUAAUUUAUAUUGUAAAAUCGUAGCUAGAUCUGUAGAUCGUCAAAAUGUGAGUGAUAUUUAUGUUACAUCAUGGACAUACUAUCGUUAUACUUUAAAAAUAUAAUCAAGGAAACAAACAAUGAGCAGAUAAUUAUGGCAAUUUUAUUAAUAUACAAAUGUUAAAAAAAUGAAAAUGGAUUUUACUGAAUAAUAUGUAAAUGUUUCAUUAAAUAUGACUGUUACGUACAUGUGUGGCUACCUGUACGAAAUAACGUUGAUAUAAUACUCAUAUUGUAUUUAUGGUUUCAGCUUUCACAGAAUUAAUAAAAUCUACAAAAGUUUAACCUAUUUUCCUCUUUUCUUUUUAAAAAAAAUUUGAUCAAUAACUAUUUAAAAAUAUAAUUAUAUAUUUUUUAUUAUUAUCAAUUAAUAAAUAUUUAAUUAAAAAUAAAAUAUUUAUUUAAAAAUAAAAUUCAAAAUAUUAACGGUUAUUUUUAAUGAUUUGUUAUAUAAUGUAUAUCAAUUUUUCUGUUUUCAUUAAUUAAGGCAUUUCUUUAAUCCAUAUUUUUAUUUUAAUUAAUAUUAAUAUCAUUUUAUUUAGUUUAUAUUAAUGUUAAAAUUGAAUGAAAUUAACAUUAUAUAUUAGAUUGUUAAUACAAAAUACGUAGAAAUUGUGAAUAAUAAAAGGCAUAUCAAAAAUGCCAUAUCAAUGAAUAAAAUAAGCAAUAAAAAUAUUUUGUCAUUUAUCAUCUCAGAUUAUAUUUAUGAUUAUACUUAUCAACCAUAUAUAUAUUUUGUAAUAUUUAUAAUUUAACGUGCAAAAAUUCAUAUUAAAAUUUAUUUAUAUAUUUUUCCUCUUUUAAACUUCAAUUUAUAUAGCAUAAAUUUAUUAUAUUAAAUCUCUAAUAAUGUAAUAAUUUUUAAAUAAGUGUAAGUUUAAAAAUAAACAAAGAUUAUAAUUAUAUAAAAUAUAUUUAUGAAAUGAACCUUUCCUUUUAAUAAAAUAACUUAAUAAAAUAUGGUUCCAUUGAAAGGAAUUCAUACUUUAUUCAUGAUAAUAAAUAUACAACAAUUAGUUCUGAAAACAAUUUUAUUUUAUAGAAAUCCCAAUUACUGUGACCGUUGAAACUACAUCUUUCAACAUUUGUGUUACAUCAAAAUAAGAUGGAAUUACCUAAAGGCAUUAUCUGAUAUUACAGUUUACACUAAUCAAAUCUCUAUUAUCUUGUGUGCUUAGAAAAGGAAUGGUGUAUACAUAUAAAAACGAAUAAUGCCCUAGAUAACAUGAGCAUUAUUUUGAUGGGUCUAAGUAUAAAAGCACAAUAGAAAAGUUAAAAUAUUCCGUAACGUCACAGAUAAAUGCAUUGUACAGCAAUCAUGUAACACUAAUUAUGGAUCUUGCUUAUGAAUUUUAUCCUGAUUAGAUACUAAAAUAUGAAUACACAUAGAAUUAUUUUAUGAAAUGCACGAUUCAUCUAUACACAUUUAGUGUGCUAUAUAAUUUAAUAUCAUUAAAGGAGAAAUAUUCCAUGGAAGAAUGUUGGAUCUAAAUUUUGUUCAUUUGUUUUAUAUUACUUUGAUUAGAAGAAGAAAUAUGUUGCUUAUUGCAGGUAAUGAUGAAUGAGAAAUUGAACGAUUUUUUACAAUAAAAAAACAAACCAAAAAUUCAUGUUAAUAAAUUCUAUUUCAUUACGUAUUCCAACUUCAAUUAUUUAUGAUGAAAGAUUGUACAAUGCAGCUGAUUUGUUAAUUCUAAUUUAAAAAUUAUACAGUAUUUUCUUUUAUAUGAAACUCAAUCCAUAAUAUUAAAGAAAAAUGGCGGCGAUGAUUAGAAUGAAUGAAUCAUACAAUAAAGAUAGCAACAGUUGUAUGCAACAGCUAAAUAAAAAUGCAGUCAUUAGAGUAUCUAAUUGAACAAUCUACAUUUCUCCACAGUCAGUUAUUACAAUCUUUUUGGAAGUUUUUCCACUUUGAGAUCCCAUAGCCUCCAA